AUAUACAAAAAAAAAAAAAAGGAUAUGAUGAAGGAGAAUUCUACAAAGAAGUUAGAAAAAAGCUACUUUGAUGUUUUAGGAUUAUGUUGUUCGUCCGAAGUGCCAUUGAUUGAGAAGAUCCUUCGACCUAUCGAAGGUGUUCACGAUAUCUCUGUCAUUGUUCCUUCAAGAACCGUCAUCGUAGUUCAUGAUCCAUUCUUAGUCUCCCAGCUUCAAAUUGUUAAGGCGCUUAACCAAGCGAGAUUGGAAGCAAACGUGAGAGUAAAAGGAGGAGAUACAAAGUAUCGUAAUAAAUGGCCAAGCCCGUAUGCAGUGGCUUGCGGUAUCUUACUCUCGUUGUCAUUUCUGGGCUAUAUUUAUUCACCAUUUAAAUGGCUGGCACUCGCUGGAGUUGCCAUAGGCAUAAUUCCUAUUGCUCUGAAAUCUUUUACUUCGUUACGCAAUUUCAAUUUCAGACCUGAUAUAAACACCCUCAUGCUCAUUGCAGUUGCAGGAUCAAUCUUUCUUAAGGAUUACUGGGAAGCAGGAACCAUAGUGUUCUUGUUCACUACUGCCGAAUGGCUCGAGUCAAGGGCAGGUCACAAGGCCCAUGCUGUAAUGUCAUCUUUAAUGAACAUGGCUCCACAAAAAGCUGUAUUGGCUAGCAAUGGCGAGGAAGUCAAUGCCAAUGAAGUCAUGGUCAAUACAAAGCUCAUAGUUAAGGCUGGAGACGUUAUCCCGAUUGAUGGAAUUGUGGUGCACGGUAGAUGUGAAGUUGAUGAAAAAGCUCUAACUGGAGAGUCAUUUCCUGUAUCAAAACAAGUAGAUUCCAUUGUAUGGGCUGGCACAAUAAAUCUGAAUGGUUACAUUAGCAUUAACACUAGUGUUCUAGCUGAAGAUUGUGUAGUGGCGAGAAUGGCUAAGCUUGUGGAAGAAGCUCAAAACAACAAAUGUAAAACUCAAAGAUUGAUAGAUGAAUGUGCCAAAUAUUACACCCCAGUUGUUAUUGUUAUAGCAGCCUGCUUGGCUAUUAUACCAGCUAUUAUGAAACUUCAUAAUUUAAAUAAAUGGUAUCACUUGGCAUUGGUAGUUUUGGUGGGUUCAUGUCCAUGUGCACUCGUACUGUCGACACCAGUCGCUACAUAUUGUGCCCUGUCAAUGGCAGCUACAACCGGACUUUUGAUCAAAGGUGCAGAAUACUUGGAAACACUUUCUAAAGUUAAAGUCUUUGCUUUUGACAAAACCGGGACAAUCACUAGAGGAGAAUUCUCAAUUUCUACCUUCGAUUCAGUAACUGACGACAUCAUUCUAGACAAAUUGCUAUAUUGGGUUUCGAGUAUAGAGAGCAAGUCUAGUCAUCCCAUGGCUGCAGCACUUAUAAACUAUGCACAAUCGUAUUCAGUAGAAACACAACCAGAAAACGUUGAGGAAUUUGAAAAUUUUCCAGGAGAAGGAAUCUAUGGGAAAAUUGAAGGGAAAAAUGUUUAUAUUGGAAACCAAAAGAUUGCAAUUAGAGCAGGCUGUUCACAAGAUUUAGUUCUGAAUAAUGAGCGUGAAAGAACGGAAGGAACGUCGAUGGGAUACAUAUUUCUAGGGUCUUCACUUGCUGGAGUGUUCAGUCUAUCAGAUUCAUGUCGAACUGGUGCAAAAGAGGCACUGAAGGAACUGAGAUCAAUGGGUAUAAAAACUGCUAUGCUUACAGGAGAUUGUCAAUCUGCAGCCAAUCGUGCACAAAAUGAGUUAGGGGGUGCAUUAGAUAUAGUACAUGCUCAACUUCUACCAGAAGAUAAAGCCAAGCACAUUAAAGCUUUUCAAAAGUUAGGCCCAACAGCAAUGGUUGGUGAUGGGAUCAAUGAUGCGCCUGCUUUAGCUACGGCAGAUAUUGGAAUCUCAAUGGGGAUCUCAGGAUCAGCACUUGCAACCGAGACUGGGCAGGUGAUUCUGAUGUCAAACGAUAUACGUAAACUACCGAUAGCAGUGAGGCUCGCGAGGAAAACACGAAGAAAAAUAUUUGAAAAUAUUUUUUUGGCUGUUAUUACCAAGGCUGCUAUAAUUGCGUUGGCUAUUGCAGGCCAUCCAUUAGUUUGGGCUGCAGUUUUAGCUGACGUUGGAACUUGUUUAGUGGUGAUUCUUAACAGCAUGCUUCUACUGAGAACCACACCCAUUUCAAAAGGUUCACAAAAGCAUUCGGGCUCCUCGCAUAAUCAUAAACAUUGCCAUUCAUCUCAUAAGCAUGAUAAAUGCUCAUCUGAUAAACAUGGGCAUACAAAAUGUCAUAAAAGCAAGUGUUCCGAUGUUGGCCAGAAGAAAGAUUGUUGUGGUCGUAAAGAUAAGGGUAAUGAGCAACAGGAAUUGGUACAAGAAACACAAGUCAAACAUAGUUGUUGCUCUCGUGAUCAUCAUGUAAGUGAGGUGAACAAGCCGAUGAAAGAAACUGAAGAGCAUCAUUUGCAAGAAGUGAAAGUUUGUGUACAAAGAACAAAAGAUGAUUGUUGUGCUCAUGAUCAUGAAGAGGGACAUGUGGCAAACCAUUUGGUACAAGGUGACGGAAGAAAACAUAGUUGCUGUUCUAGUCCUAAUGAUGAGGUGCAAAAACACGAAAACCAUGGUUCAUGCUGUGCUCAUCCUAGUGACAAGGCACACAAAGAUUUAAAUGUUGAAUCACGACGAGCCCGUAGUUGUGAAAAUGUGGCUAAGAAGCUAAGCAACAACUGUCAUGACCAUAUAUCCCACAAGAAAAGCCACUCUAGUUAUGAAACUACACAUGGUCAUUCCAGCCAUAUCUCUGAGGCGGGCGAUCAUCAUCAACAGAAUCACUUACAAGAGUACUACAUAACGGAAGAGGAGUUGGGGAAAAUGGUAAAACAUUGUUGUGAGAACCAUGGGCUAGAUCAUAAAAUGCAUAAUGUAGGUGGUGGUGGUUGUUGCAAGAUGAGCUUCAGAAAGGAAUGUUGCAGGCACAAACCUUUUGGAGUUGGAUUCAAUGAAGAAGGAGGGUUAUCAGAAAUAGUGAUUGAAUAAUAAUUGUAUAAAUUUUUACUAUUUAAUUUCGAUAAUUUGCCAUAUUUUAUUGAUGGCUUUCAUUAGGUACAUCCUGGUUUCAAAAGGAUAUAAGCUGUUCAACCUUUUGCUAGAGAUGGAUGUUGUUAGCGGUUUCUUAUAUUUGCAUAUUUGUUCAUUCAGGUUCACUACUAGAUUUCAAAGCAAUCAACGAUAUCAAUGGGUAUGGUAUUAUAUUAA